AUGAUGCAUGCAAUCCAAGUCAUCGAAGACGACGGGACCAAACAGGAGGUGCCGCUGCAAGAGAAGGCUUCCAAUACGACAAUCCACAACACGAAAAUAACCAAGGUUGAGGAAGGAUUCCCACGUAACAAGCCAAACGAACGUCCGUUGUCACCGGUGUCGAAGAUUCUGUUCUUGGAUGGAGUGCGUGGAGCUGCGGUAGUGUUUGUAGUGACCCAGCACUCUGGAUAUAUGCACGACAUCUUCAUGGGCGCUGUCGGUGUGGAUGCCUUCUUCGUCUUGUCUUCGUUCCUGUUGACCAUGAUUUUUAUGAAGAAAAGCAUCAAGUUGAUCGCCGAGGCGGCAUCCUACCGAAAGUGGGGGCUCACACUGAUCGACUAUUUCUCGAAGCGGUUCUUUCGAGUGUACCCGCUGUUCGCUCUGUUGUCAAUUACACUGUGGCUCAUGCCGUUCGAGUACAAGAAUCAGUACUAUUUAGUGAAGAAGCCCGAGGACUUUAAUCUGUUCCAAACUCUCACUUUUCAUCCGGAACAUCGACACUAUUUGCUGUGGACUCUACCCCUCGAGAUCUCGUACUACUUCAUCCUACCUGCGUUUGUUCUCGCCGUGCUCAAGAUGGGGCGUUUCUGGUGGAUGUCGUUCAUUCCACUGUAUGCCUGGGUCAUUCACGAGGGUCUAUACACGAUCCGAGACAACUUCUACCGUCAGCCUCUGAGCGCCCACCUGCCAACGUUUGUGGCAGGCUCGAUGGCUGCUGUCAUCUUCGUGAAGGUGGAUACGUGGAUUAAGUCCAGCGGCUUCAAGUUCCUCACUCCGCACAUUGUCGCGCUUCGAAUUGUGGAGGCAGUGUUGAUUGCAGCCUACCUUAGUGUAGUUUUUCGCGGUUUGUUCUUCAACUGGCUGGGUAUGCCACUACCGCCUGACACGCGGUAUAUCAUGCCGUUCACGAGCGUCAAGUUGUCACUGUUGAUUGUGAUCGAGAUGAUUCGGCCGUCCACUGUGGCAGAAAUCUUCGAAUGGGUCGUGCUACGCUACUUGGGCAAGAUCAGUUUCUCCGUUUACCUUCUGCACGUGUUCGUGAUCUUCACCAAGCCUAUCAAGUACCAAGCCAACUAUUACGACCGGACCUUCUCCAUCUUCGCUCUGGUGAUCAUGCUAGCGACAAUAUCGUAUCACCUCGUGGAAUAUCCGUCGCAGUUGCUGGCGCAGAGGAUUUCUCGCAAACUCGCAAGCCUCGCCGCGGGAGAACACGAGAAGGUAGCCGAACACAGUGACACUGACUCGGAAGAUGGAGACUCUGCUAAAUCUUCUGCUGGUUUAUUGCAGGGCAAGAGCGCUACGACAUCGGUUUAA